CGGCGGGAGUAUGAAUACCCUCUCUCCAGCUCCCUGCUGGAAUCCUCCGCUUCCGCUGGGACGCUGUUGCCGCUACUCCUUUUCUCCCCUUUACAGGCUCCAAGGGCCACUCCCUUCUUUAGUGCUCCUCGUCCGCUCGCCCUCGGGGGGCCAGACCAGCGACAUGGAGAGCUGCAUCGGGGAAGAAUCUUUUCAGAUGUGGGAGCUCAAUCGACGCCUGGAGGCCUACUUGACUCGGGUCAAGACCCUAGAGGAGCAGAACCAGCUGCUCAGCGCUGAGCUUGGGGGACUCCGGGCGCAGUCCGGGGACGCCUCCUGGCGAGCCCGAGCCGACGACGAGCUGGCAGCCCUGCGGGUCCUCGUCGACCAGCGCUGGCGGGAGAAGCACGAGGCCGAGGUGCAGCGCGACAACCUGGCCGAAGAGCUGGAGAGCGUGGCGGGCCGCUGCCAGCAGGUGCGGCUCGCCCGGGAGCGGACCGUCGAAGAGGCCGCCUGCAGCCGGCGCGCGCUCGAGGCGGAGAGGAGUGCGCGGGGCUGGCUGAGCACCCAGGUGGCCGAGCUGGAGCGUGAGAUAGAGGCGCUGCGAGCCGCACACGAGGAGGAGCGCGCGCACCUGAACGCCCAAGCCGCCUGUGCGCCGCGCCGACCCCCCGCGCUGCCCCACGGAUCUCCCGUCCGGGCCCCCGAAGUCGAGGAGCUGGCCAGGCAGCUAGGCGAAGUGUGGCGCGGGGCUGUGCGUGGCUACCAGGAGCGCGUGGCUCACAUGGAGAGCUCGCUGGGCCAGGCCCGCGAGCGCUUGAGCCAAGCCGUGCGGGGCGCUCGGGAGAGUCGCUUAGAGCUGCAGCAGCUGCAGGCUGAUCGCGACAGCCUCCAGGAGCGCAGAGAGGCGCUGGAACAGAGAUUGGAAGGCCGCUGGCAGGACCGGCUGCAGGCCACUGAAAAGUUCCAGCUGGCUGUGGAAGCCCUGGAGCAGGAGAAACAGGGAAUACAGAGCCAGAUCGCUCAGAUCCUGGAAGGUGGGCAGCAACUGGCACACCUCAAGAUGUCCCUGAGUCUGGAGGUGGCUACAUACAGGACUCUGCUGGAGGCUGAGAACUCUCGGUUGCAGACACCUGGACGAAGUUCCCAGGCUUCUCUUGGCUUUCCGGACCCCAAGCUGAAGCUGCAUUUCCUUGGGAUACCAGAGGACCAGCACCUGGGAUCUGUGCUCCCUGUCCUCAGCCCAACAUCCUUCCCUUCCCCCUUGCCUAAUACCCUUGACACUCCUGCGACAGCCUUUCUGAAGACACAGGAAUUCCUUCAGGCCAGAACCCCCACCUUGGCCAGCACUCCCAUACCACCUAUGUCUGAGAUUCCCUGUCCUACAAAUGCAGAGGUCAGAGCCCAGGAUGCCCCUCUUUCCCUGCUCCAGACACAGGGUGGGAGGCAACAGGCUCCAGAGCCUCUUUGGGCUGAGGCCACAGUGCCUAUUUCUACUGGUGUCCUCCCAGAACUAGAGGAGCCUGGGGGCAAGGGAUACUUCCCUGAUGUUCCCACCUCCUUAACCCCACCCCUCAACCCUCACCACCCUGUUUUAGAGGCUAAAGAUGGAGAAUCUAGUGAGUCUAGAGUUUCUAGCAUAUUCCAGGAAGGAGAAGAUCAAAUCUGGGAACUCGCAGAGAAAGAAGCAGCCUUAGAGGUAAAAGUAGAGAAUAAUUUAGCACAGGAAUCACAAGAAAGUGGUCUGGACACAAAAGAAAUCCUGGAUUCCCAGGGACCUUUGCAAAAGGAAACCCUGAAGGCUCUAGGAGAGGAGCCGCUGUUGUCUCUGAAAAUCCAGAGUCAUGAGACAUCAGGAAAGGAGAAUUGCAAUUCAUCUAUAGAAGAGAACCUGGGAACACUAAAAAACACAGAAAAAGAAAAACAAUCACUGAAGUCUUUAGAAGAAAAGAAUGUAGAGGCAGAGAAAACUCUAGAAAACGGGCUUCCUGAGCUAUCUAUGCCUUUAAAAAAAGAAGACCCGAGAAUCGAGGAUCAAGAAUUAAUGUCUCCUGAAGGCACAUUAGAGACAGUUUCAUUUCUAGGAAAGGAAAAUCAAGAAAUAGUGAGGUCUUCAGAAGAGGGGAACUUAGAAACAUUGACAACUUUUAAAGAGGAGAGCCAGUACCCACUAGGAUGUCCAGAAGCCGAGGACCAGAUGCUUGAGAGACUGGUAGAGAAAGGGGGUCGGAGCUUCCCAGGGUCUCCAGAAGAAGAGGACCAGCAGGCAUUUAGACCUCUGCAGAAAGAGAACCAGGAGCCACUAAGGUGUGAAGAAACAGAGGACCAGAUGCAUGAGAGACUGAUAGAAAAGGCCAGUCAGGAGUCCCUGGGGUCUCCAGAAGAGAAUCAGGAGGCAUUUAGACCUCUGCAGAAAGAGAACCAGGAGCCACUAAGGUGUGAAGAAACAGAGGACCAGAUGCAUGAGAGACUGAUAGAAAAGGCCAGUCAGGAGUCCCUGGGGUCUCCAGAAGAGAAUCAGGAGGCAUUUAGACCUCUGGAGAAAGAGAAUCAGGAGCCACUAAGGUUUGAAGAAAUGGAGGACCAGAUGCAUGAGAGACUGAUAGAAAAGGCCAGUCAGGAGUCCCUGGGGUCUCCAGAAGAGAAUCAGGAGCCACUAAGGUUUGAAGAAGUGGAGGACCAGAUGCAUGAGAGACUGAUAGAAAAGGAGAGUCAGGAGUCCCUGGAGUCUCCAGAAGAGGAUCAGGAGGCAUUUAGACCUCUGGAGAAAGAGAAUCAGGAGUCAUUAAGGUUUGAAGAAGCAGAGGAUCAGACGCUUGAGAGACUGAUAGAAAAGGAAAGUCAGGAGUCCCUAAGGUCUCCAGAAGAAGAGGACCAGAGGAUUGGGAAGCCUCUAGAAAGAGAGAAUCAGGAAUCUCUGAGGUCUCUUGAUGAAAACCAGGAGACCAUUGUACUACUAGAAAGCAAGAACCAGAGGCCACUGAGGUCUCUAGAAGUAGAAGAGGAGGAGCAGAGAAUUGUGAAACCUCUAGAAAAAAUGAGCCAGGACUCCCUCAAAUCUCUAGAAAAAGAGAACGCACAGCCACUGAGGUAUCUGGAAGAAGAUGACUGCAUGAUUCAGAGCCUGCUAGACAACAAGACUCACAAGAGCCUGGGGUCUCUUGAAGAUAGAAAUGAGGAGAACAUAAUACCACCAGAAAGUGAGACCCAGGCUUCACUGAGGCCUCCAGAAGAGGAAGAACAGAGGAUUGUGAACUGUCUAGAAAAAGAAAGCCAGGAGUUCCUGAGGUCUCCAGAAGAAGAGAACCACGGACCACUGAGUUCUGUAGAAAAAGAGGACCAGAUGGUUGAGAGCCAGCUAGAGAAAGAGAGUCAGGACUCAGGGAAGUCUCUAGAAGAUGUGAGCCAGGAGACCUUUGGAUCUCUGGAAAAUGAGAAUCCAGAGUCCCUGAGAUCUCUAGCAGGCGAUGACCAAGAGGAUCAGAAACUUGAACCAGAGACCCAACAGCCACUGAGGGCUAUAGAGGACGGGCAGGCAGCAGCGAGCCCACCAGAAAAGGUGGAUCCAGAGUUACAGAAGCCUCUUAGAAAUGACCAGGAAAUAGUUAGGUCUCUUGACAAAGAGAGUCAAGAGUCACCAGUGUCACUGAAAGAAGAAGGUAUGGAGACAGUGAAGUCUUCAGAAACAGAGAACAUAGAACCACUGGAGACUGCAGAAGAGGACCCAGAAAGAAGGAAGUUUAUAGAUACUCAAGAGCCAUUGUGGUCUACCCAAGUGACUGGUGAGGCAAUAGAACCUCUAGAAGAUGAGAUCCAACAACCACUGGGGUCUGUGGAUGAGAACCAAGAGACGCUGACGCCCCUUGAAAAGGAGAGUCAAGAACCGAGAUCUCUGGACAAGGGGAACCUAGAGACUGUGGAGUCACCAGGAGGGGUAGAGGACAGUCAGCAGUGCCUGGGAGUGGAAGAGGGUCUGGAGAGGGAACAGCACCAAGAGUCCCUGAGGUCUCUGGGAGAGGUGGAGCAGGAGCUGCCUGGGUCUGGAGAUCACCAGAGGUGGGAGGAGGUGGUGGAGGACAGAGCAGCGGGUCAGGAAGCGCCCCUGGGGACCAUAGGAGUGGAAACUCAGGAUAAGGCGGAGUCGCAUCUGAGGGGACAAGGUGGGGAGGAAGAAGCAGCAGAGCAGGGAGAGCGGCUGCAGGGUGUCAUGGAGGAGGCCUGGAGUCUGGGGAGCUCGGAGCCCAAGGAGCAGAGGGUCCCUGCUGAGUCCCUCAACAACCUGGAGGGACAACCAGAGCAGAUGGGGGCCCUAGAGGUCCCAGUUGCUCAGGGAGUGCCAGAGGUGACAGAACAAGAUGAGCAAAGAGCCCAGGCAGGUGAACAAGACUGCGUAGAGGUGACCCUCGGGCCAGAGGCUGCCAGCACUGGACUGGAACUUGAGCAGGAAGUGGUAGGGCUAGAGGAUCCAAGGCAUUUCACCAGGGAGGAGGCCAUUCACCCAUCCCUGGGGGAGGAAAGUGUGAAGGCAAAGAUAGCUCAGGGCUUGGAAGGGCCUGGAAAGGAACCAAAAGAGGCAGGUGCUCUGGACUCGGGGAUCCUUGAAUUACCCAAGACUAGCAGUGAGGCUCUGGAAUGCGAGGGCCCUGAAGAGUCUGUGGAGGGCUGGGGAGAAGAGGAGGCCUCACUGGAGACCUCAGACCAGGAGGGCGGCGAUGCACCUCAGCCCAUGCCCCCGGAGACAGGGGACGAUGAGGGUGUACAGGCAGCACUGACAGCCCCAGAUCCCAAGCUCAAGGAACCCUGUUCACCCAUCCCAAUCCUGACAGAUGCCCAUGAGCUGCAGCUCCAGGCUGAGGAGAUCCAGAAGGCUGGGUGGCAGCCAGAAGCUGGGCCUGAAGCACUGGGAAGGGUAGAAGAUGAGGUGGAGUUUGGUCUUGGGGAGGAGAUCCCCGAGGGCCUCCCUGAUUGGGAGGAGGGCAGAGAAGACAGCGAGGCUGAUGAGCUAGGGGAAACUCUCCCAGACUCUACUCCCCUGGGCCUCUACCUGAGGUCUCCUGCCUCCCCUAAGUGGGACCUGGCUGGAGAACAGAGGCUUUCCCCUCAAGGGGAGGCCAGGAAGGAAGGUUGGGGUCCUGUUGUCCUGGCUGCUCAGGGUCUCAGUGAUCCACCUGAGGAGGAGGAGGAGGAGCAAGGCCAUGACUCUGACCUAUCAUCUGAGGAAUUUGAGGACCUAGCCACUGAGGCCUCUCUUCUCCCAGGUGUUCCCAAGGAGGUGGCAGAUCAUCUGGGCCAAGCGCCCCCAGUGCUGCAGCCUGCAGGCUGGGAUCAGGGUGGGGAGUCUGAUGGGUUUGCUGAUGAGGAAGAGAGUGGGGAGGAGGGAGAGGAAGAAGAUGUUGAUGAGGAAGGAGCAGAGUCCGGGGCUCAAUGGUGGGGGUCAGGGCCCUCUGGUGGAGGUGUCAAAGUCCAGGAUAUCACCCAAAGAGGGGACCUGGAACAGGAAUCCGCGGGUGUCAGUGGUCUCUGGGAUGAUGGCUUGAGAGGGACUGCGGCUAAUGUUCCUGUGACUACCCUAGAGAUGGCGUCUCAGGACAGUGCUGAGCCUUCUGAGUCAGAGGGGUCUGAGUCUGCUUCCUUGGAGGGAGAGGAAGGUCAAGCAACUGACCAUUUAGAUGCUCCCCAAGAGGUGACUAGCAAGGUCCCAGGGGCAGGAGAUACCUUUGAUGUCAGUGGCCAGGGCCCCAACUCGGAGUCCGAGCAAGUGAAUGGGAGGGUGGAGAAUGGACUAGGGCAGCCUGAGGGGCAGGUGGUUCUGGAUGCGGACAAGGACAGCCUCCCUUUACAGGAACAGGAGGUGGGUGCCCUAAAGGCCCCUUUGGUAGAGUCCCCUGUGCACUUAGGCCCAAGCCAGUUCCUCAAGUUCACUCUGAGUGGAGUAGAUGGAGAGCCCUGGUCCUCAGAGGAAGACUAGAAACUGCCCCUCUGACACUGAGGACUUAACAGUGGGGAUGUCCCUCCCUGCUCUGGGCCAGCACUCUUAGCUUUGCUCGCUUGACCUGUGGUAUCCGUUCUGGAGAGGUGUGGCUGGCUGAGGUGAGAUCCUGUUUGGAUCACCAUGAAGGCUCAAGUCAGCUGAGCCUGUAGUUCUACGUGCCCCCUUCUUCUGUGGCUCCCCUGCUGGAAGAGGCCUAAGCCCAGAGCUUUCCCCUGAGGCUGUCCUGGCCAGAGCUUGCUAGCCCUGCCUGUCUACAGUACUGCCACCUGCACAGGGUCUGGUGCAUGCCCGGAGGAGCUGAGGGCAGCACUUAUGAGUAACCCCCCCCCUCCAUCUCUCUUGUUCCUCUCUUCCUCCCUUGAAUAAAGUUGUAUCCCUACCUACA